UGCCGUACAGUAAAUCUUCACACAGCUAGUGAAACUGAUUUCCUUGUGUUCGGGUUUUUCUGCUUCAAUAAUGACUCCAUUUGGACAAAAGUUGUUGAAAGCAAGAUACAAAUACAGAACAAUCAUGCAAGAAUGAAACAAUCUCCAAAGCAUCAGCAAAGUUUUAAAUUUGCAUAAAACAAAUGCCAGCCCAGAUCAUAUUGAACAGCAUGACAGCAAGGAACAGAAGAUGAAAAAGCAACAUAAGCUUCACCAAGAGUCUUGCCUGGACUUUACAUGUCAUCAUCAAAUGAUUUACCAUAACCAGCUUAAAAACAACCAACAAUGCAAUGUACAUAAUGAAUGUGAAAUAGCCAACUCAGGGAAAAAGAACAGACUGAGCUUAUUAAACAAAAGCAUGAAUGCUGAUGAAAGACAAAUAGUUGUUUCGGUUGGUAAAGAAGAAAAAAUAGUUUGUGGACUGAUAAAGAGCACAACUGCAUCUCAAGUUAUACAAGCUCUUUUGGAAGAACAUGCAGCUAUCUCACAAAAUAGCUGCUCCCUCAUCAGCGAUCAAAGUAACUAUUGUAUAGUGGAGAAAUGGAAAGAUUGUGAGCGAGUUUUGCUACCCACAACACAAAUGUUAAAACUCUUGCGAUCAUGGGGAAAAGAACAAGUUAAUAUCACAUUUAUUCUGGUUAAAACAGAUGCUUUUCUUCCUUUUCCAAUAGGGAGAACUGGUAAACCCAAAGUUAUCCAUAACUUAGGACAAAAACAAAUUUUUAACCAAAGACAUAUUAUUAAGUCGUUACCGUUGGAUAAGCAAAAACGAAUUGUCAAAAAAACUUUUAGAAAACUGGCUAUGAUGAAAAUGGACAAUGAUUUUCAAGAUAGAAACAACAUAGAAAAAAUUAUUGAUGUGAUCAUUUCCCAAAAUCAAACUAUCAAGCAACAAAUAAAGAGAAUGCAAGAAUUAGAAAAUGAGAUUGAGGUAUAUGAAGCCAAUCUACAUUUAGAAAGGACUGAGAACAUUGGAGAAAAUUAUGCUGAAAACAUAAACUUAACACUAAUCGAUGAUAGUAUUGAAGAGCACCAUGAGCAAAAUAUAUAUGAACAUUUAGAAGCAAAAUUAAGUUAUCAUUGUAGUCUUAUAGAAAAACUCUCUGUCGAAAUUAAUAAAGAGCUAUCUUACACAGAACCAAACAUGGAAAUUAAGUUUGUUGAUGAAGGGUGUACCAAAAAAACUGAAGAAUAUAAUUUAGAGAGCAUCAAAUUUGACCUUGUCAAAGUCACUCAAGAAGGUCUAAAAUUACAUUCCCUCUCUAACUAUAUUGAGAAACAAAUACAAUACAGUGAUGCAAGGCUAUAUGAACAAGAAAAAGAAUAUAAAUGCCUAGAAGAAAAUCUUAAAAUGUUAGGUGAAAGCAUUUCAAAUUUCCCUUUGCACCAUAAAGAUCAUAUAUCUGUAAAUGAGCCUUUAGUUAAUAGCAGCAAUGUAGCAGAAGGUGUUUCCUCUGUCUUAUCAAGUUUGGAUUUAAACGAUACUGACUCAGACACUGGAAUCAGCUCUGCAUAUAGUCAGGAUUCUGAACAUCCAUCGGAAGUAAUGUUGUGCUCAUAAAAUAUUACUGCAGAUAAUGAAAUGAUUACAUUUUAAAUGUUGGAAAUUUACAUACAAAGACAUGUGCCUCCCCUUGUUAUAAUAUUUUAAGAAAUUUUAUUUUUAUUUUAAUGCAGUUGUUAGCAAGUUAUUACUUGUGUCAAAAUUUUGGGGUAUAGAAAAGUAGUUUAUAAGUGGAGUAUUUUACCCGAUUAUGGUCAUUUGAGGAUAGACCACAUCUGUCUUAGUGCACAAACUUCUUAUUUAACAUUGUCAUCUAAUACUUGUUUGUUCUUAGCUGUAGCUUUUACAAAUAUCUUACCAGAUUAUACAUGGCAUAAAAUGUAAAAAUGCACUAUAUAAUGUAACUUUUAGAAAUGAAUUUUACAAAAACAGACAUUCUAUCAAGGUCUCUGGAAAACAAGGAGUUUCUGUUUGCAUGCUAAUUAGCUAGCUGUUACUUAAAUUGUUAUAGGAGACAAACUGCCAUAGUUAUGCAGCAAUUAUAAUAAGCUGCCCAUUAAUAACCAAAGCUUGUUAUUUUAUAACAACAUUCACAAUUUCUUCUGUAUUUCUUUUAAAUGUUAAUGAUAAUCACAUCAUGUAGCUUAAUAAACAGUAACAAUGCA